AUGUCGGCCGUGACGCUGGACUCGAACGUUUGGUACGCCAUCUCAGAGGGGCGUGUCGCGAACGUCUCAACACCACUCAACAACAACCUGCAAGAUACCAACAAUGGUCUCAGGGUCUUCGGCAAGACAGAUGCGGUGUGGCAAUUUCAGCCAGUGCCAAAUCACACCGGCCGGUAUCUCAUGAGACUGAGCUCGGCCGGCGUGAGCCAACAGCUUUCCGUGUGCUGGAGCUCGGCGGAGGUGCAUCCUAGUGGCACAAGAGGGUGCUUGAGAAAAACGGAGUCGGAUGAGACUCAGCAAUGGGACGUUACUGAAUGGGCAAGCGAACCGGGCACAUACAAGUUCACCAAUGUUGCAAAUGGCACAGGCUAUGUGCUCGAUGUUCACCCAGGAUCCAAUCUCUUCAUGUCGAGCGAAAUUGAGGGCUCCGAUAAUGUGUCGGCUCGUCAACCUGCUCAGCACUGGAUUAUGACAAGUUCAAAAGCUGUCAACGAUGGUGCCUACUCCACCAUCUAUUCAGCAGGCACUACGCCCGUUAGCACUGGUUCAGCAACAGCCACAGCAACCGGAACAGGAUCGGGCGCCGUCACCCCUACAGCUACCAGCGGAUCCGCCACCGCAAGCUCCACCGCGGGAGCAGGGUCGUCCUCAGGAGGUCUGUCGUCGGGCGCUGCCGCCGGCAUCGGUGUGGGUGUUUCUCUCGGGGCUAUCGCGCUCCUAGGUGCUGGCUUCUUCUUCUGGUGGCGUCGCAGAAAGGCCAAGAAGGAGGCAGUCGUUGAGCCGAGCGAACAUCACCACGAGCUUGGCCACGAUGGCAGCACGGUCGGUGGAAAAUACAGCCCCGGUACCAUCAACGCCUCGACACUUUCUUCGCCUUCGCCAGCAAACGAUUACUACGGCGGACAAGAGUCGAAGGUUCUUGGUCAUACACAGCCGCACUCAUACGCCGCCGAAGCCAACGCAAAUCCAAUCUACGAAGCUCCCACCGAGGCCCGGUACGAAUUAGACUCGGGACACCACACAUCACCCACUGGCCCAGCUCAACUCCCUGACGACCAUGGAAGAAGAUAA